AUGGCUGCCCAGAACGUCGGCUCAUCUUACCCACCACCACCUCAAAUAUAUAAAAGGUACACCGAUGAGAACCUCGCCAAACUGAAACAGGUCAAUGAGCAGGGAGUUGAAGCCGUUACACGUGCGGGUGUGUCUUUACCAAGUGAUUUCAAUAUAUUUGAUCUCGAACCCCCACAACCGCUUACUGAGGGCAAUUAUUCACUCUUUGGAGAUUCAAAUUGGAUGGUCGUUGAUCGAAACCCUACUCUUGAAGAAAAUAACGUACCACAAUUAUUUCCAUCAGGCGAAAUAGUCUUUAAUUUUGUUGAAUUACUCGACACUCUAGUCAGGGAGCCUGAUCAGGCUCCAGAGAAAAUCGAACAAAUCAAACAUAUAAUCUUAAAUAUGAAGUAUUUGUUAAACGAAUAUCGGCCCCAUCAGGCAAGAGAAACUCUGAAUUUGAUAAUGAAGGAACAAAUAGAACAAAGAAAACGAGCAACAAACGAAGUCAAUAUGCGUUGUUCCGAAUUAAGACAAAUGCUGCAAAAUGUGAAGGGCAUGUGGAAAAAUAUGGAUGAUGUUAACAUGGAUUUGGACACGGAACAAGAACAAAGAUCGAGUCACUCGCAUCUAAACGAUGGAGGUUCUUUUUCAUCAUAUUACGUUGAUUCUGAUGCUACACAAAAGAUGUUAAAAAUGAUUGAUGAAAUUGAAUGA